AUGGCCGAGCUUUCUUGGUUGCAAGCGCCUUACUUCACGGAGCCAGGAUGGAGGCCCAGCACGAGCCCCGUGCCCUAUUUCCUGGGCGCACUGAUCUUUAUGACUGUCGUCUACCUGCUCGAGACGUAUCUGGACAUUCGUCAGCACCGUAAACUGCACGAUAAGCAGUUCCCUAAGCCUCUGACUGAGGCCAUCGAGGGCCUUGGCAGCUACAACAUUAAGAAGAAGGACGAAAAGGAACCAGAGGACGACAAAAGGGAGGAUGCCGAUGCACAGGAAGAAGAGGAGACGACGCUGUUGGCUGCCAUCCAGGCAAAGUUCGACAAGAGUCGCGCGUACGGACUGGACAAGAGCACUUUUGGCUUCGUGCACGGCGUCUACAACCAGCUGGAGGCCAUCGCCUUCUUGCUCCUGGGCUAUCUACCCUUUGUGUGGACCAUGAGCGGCAAGGCGCUAUUGUUUUUGGGACUGGACGCCGACAAUGAGAUUUACCGAGCUCUGAUGUUGCUGACUCUUACGACUAUCCGGAACACACUCGUGGGCAUCCCCUUCGGUCUUUACUCGACGUUCGUGGUGGAAGCGCGUCACGGUUUCAACAAGCAGACACUGGGGCUGUUCUUUAUGGACAUGAUCAAGAGCUUCGGGCUGUUUAUUGUCAUUGGCUUCCCCGUCACAGCGGCGUUGAUCUACGUCAUCCGAUGGGGAGGAGAGUAUUUCUACAUGUACGUCUGGGCGUUCCUGUUCGCCUUCUCCGUCAUCAUGAUGACGCUCUAUCCCGUGCUCAUCAUGCCCCUAUUCAACAAAUUCACGCCGCUAGAAGAGGGCGAUCUUCGUACGCGCAUCGAAGCGCUGGCUGCGAGUCUCAACUUCCCGUUGACCAAACUCUUCGUCACGGACGGCUCCAAGCGCUCUAGCCACAGCAACGCCUACUUCUUCGGACUAUUCAAGAGCAAGCGCAUUGUGCUCUUCGAUACGCUACUGGAGCAGGCGACGCACGACGAGAUCGUCGCUGUACUGGGCCACGAACUUGGGCACUGGAAGCUCUGGCACACCGCACAAGGCUUUGUGAUCCAACAAGUGUACAUCUUGGCUUCGUUCUACGUGUUCGGUCUUUGCAUGAAUGAUGCCGAGCUGUUCGCGAGCUUCGGCUUCGCAGGCGACUCGGCCAAGCCUGUGAUCAUCGGCUUCUUGCUCUUUUCGCAGACCAUGUGGGCGCCAGUCGAGCACGUCUUGUCCUUCCUGAUGACGUUGAACACGCGCAAGAACGAGUUCCAGGCCGACGCGUUUGCAGUGGAUCUUGGACACGCUGUUGCGCUCAAGUCGGGACUCACCAAGCUCGCGAUCGAGAACUUGUCCAACAUGAACCCGGACGUGCUGUACAGUGCCUACCACUACAGCCACCCGCCACUCGUUGAGCGUCUCAAUGCCAUCACAGCGCGUGCCAAGAAGUCGCAGUAA